AUGGCGACGAAGGAUGCAGACCUAGAAAAACCAAAGGACAUAAAAUUUGAUGGCAUGGUGGUAGACAUAUGUUUCCAUCCCAUCAAAGAUGUGAUUGCCGCAGGAGACAUAGACGGAGAAGUUUCAAUACACUCCUACUCCAGUAAAGGAGAAAACAACACAUUGAUGACAUUUAAAAACCAUAAGAAAGCCUGCAGAGCUCUGUGUUUUUCUGCGAAUGGUGAAGAGCUGUACACAGCAUCUAAAGACAAGUCCAUACACAUUGUUGACAUGAAUACUGGGACACUAAAGCGCAAGUUGAAGAAGGCACAUGAGUCACCAAUAUACAGCAUACUUGUAACAGGAGAAAACUUCCUUGCAACAGGUGAUGAUGAUGGAAAUUUAAAGAUCUGGGAUUUGAGAACUAACAAGGCAGAAAUGGAAGUAAAACACAAUGAGGAAUUCAUCAGCGACAUGGAUAUAGACGAUCAACAUAAAAUUCUCAUCGCUACCAGUGGAGAUGGAACACUUACAGCGUUCAACAUUCGUAGGAAGAGAAUGGAUAUGCAGUCAGAACUAUUUGAUUCAGAACUUCUGUCUUUAGCUCGUCUGAAGGAAAAAGGGAAAGUCAUAUGUGGAUCAGGAGAAGGUGUUCUAAAUAUUUUCAACUGGGGAGAAUGGGGAAAUAUCAGUGACCGUUUUCCUGGCCAUCCUUUGUCCGUGGAUUGUAUGGUAGCUGUUACAGACAACAUCCUGUGUACAGGCUCGAGUGACGGUAUUGUAAGAGCUGUAAAUAUUUUACCAAACCGGUUCCUUGGUGUGGUAGGGGAUCAUGACAAUUUCCCGGUGGAAAAUCUUAGUCUGUCACACGAUGGUAACCUACUGGCCAGCUGUUCCCAUGAUCAGACAAUAAAGUUCUGGAACACAAGUGAUUUCAGGGAGCUUUCAGUGAACACAAAGAAAAAGGCAGGGAAGGGAAACACACUUAAAAAGUUGAACUCCUCAAACAAAAAUGACUUUUUUGCUGGUCUCGCAGAUGAUAAUGACGUUGAUAAGAAUGAGGACAACGAAGAUGAGGACGAAAGUGAUAGUGAUGAAGAUGAUGAAAAUGAAGUGGACGAUGAUGAUGAUGCAUAAAAAGGAAUUAAAUAAGUGAU